AUGCACAUCCCACCCCACGGCAACAUACAAAUCCCACCCCACGGCAACAUGAACAUCCCACCCCACGGCAACAUACAAAUCCCACCCCACGGCAACAUACAAAUCCCACCCCACGGCAACAUACAAAUCCCACCCCACGGCAACAUGCACAUCCCACCCCACGGCAACAUACAAAUCCCACCCCACGGCAACAUACAAAUCCCACCCCACGGCAACAUGCACAUCCCACCCCACGGCAACAUACAAAUCCCACCCCACGGCAACAUACAAAUCCCACCCCACGGCAAAAUACAAAUCCCACCCCACGGCAACAUACACAUCCCACCCCACGGCAACAUACACAUCCCACCCCACGGCAACAUACACAUCCCACCAAACGGCAACAUACGGGGGAUCUCGUGA